UCUGUGCGCCGACAUGGUGGAGACCCAGCCGCUGCUGCGCUCCUCUCGCGGGGCUGCGCUGCUUAAACUCUGGGGUGCUCGCGGGCACCUAGGGAGGCAUGAGACGGAGGGACCUCGACCCCAAAACAGCUCCGAGUUUGCGUAGAGAGAUGGGCAGGGGUUUCGGAACCGGCGCCAGCAGCAGCCGGUCUUUGUGACUCUCCCAGCCUCCCCGGAAGCUAGGAGUUCCCUUCCCUGUUUGAGAAGUAAUAAAGGCCAGAGUCAGGGGAGGUAAGGGACUGCUGAGAGGCGACAGGGAAGGGCGGAGAAAGCCCAGCGCCGCGCUCCCGGAAGGCCGCCCCCGGUGUCCUGGAGCAGCCCUGCCGCGGCGCUUCGGGAAAUCCGACCGCUGUAGAAGGAGCAGGUGCAGCGGCCGUCCGCAUUCUGGCCGUGAUUCCUGCUGUGCAGUCCCCUCUGGCUUCCCUGGCGGAGGUGCCGGGCAGCCGCUGUCCUGGUUCUCAGAAGAGCGGAUCCGAGGGCUCAGCACGGGAGCUCCUUCAGUUAAGGACAGUUAUUGGCCACGGUUUACAGAUAAGAAAAUUGAGGAACUGAAAGUUUAAGUUCCCCACCGAGGGCACACAGCUAAUGGGUGGCUGAGCUAGCAUCUGGACCCAGGCAGGCCGCUUCUAGCCUCAGCUUCCUUGCCUCUCAAAAUAGAGCCUCUGAUUAAAGCAAGGGUCUCUGUAGUGGCCUUGUUGUUUCCUGAGGAUGGCACGUCUGUUACACGUAGCAUUGAAAAUGUUAUGAAUGUAGUGUAUUUUCCUUGGUAAUUAGAAAAACUUGAGAAUCCUGCGAUACUUAAAGGUCAUCAUCCAUUAGGAUUAUCGCAUUUUGCUGACGGCUUGAGAAAAGCUUUUAUGUUGCUUGGAUUCUCUUCCUCGUGGUUUACUAGAUGUGCAUAGGUCAUUGAACACCCUUUAGGAAACUGGAUUUUCCUGAGUUAGAACUCUUUAUUCUGUAGGUGGUGAAUCUUUAAUACUUGGCAAAGUGGUUAGUCAGCACGGCCUGUGUAAGACUCUGGCCUCUGACACGUCGGAAGCCUCGUCCCCCAUUGGUGCCCGUUUAUAUCCGUGUGUGUAUGUGUGUGUGUCUCACCUUUUCAUGCAGCUGCAUGACUUUGGCUUUCAAGAUCCUCUUCCCACAAAGUCUCCGAGCCCUUGGCCGAAAAGAACUGUGCCUGUUCCAAGAACAGCAUCGCUGGCCUGACCUAAAACUGUUCAGCUGGUGGUCGGAAACAGAUGUGCUCCGUGGGUGCUGCCUCCUCCAGAGAAGAAGAAAGCCUGUUCCAUCAUUUGGCGAAGGUCGUCUAAGGGCACGUGCCACCUGCCUUGUUUUCCUGCCAGGGUCGCAUGUGGGACUCUGCAGUGGCCCCUGUGAGAUGGCUGAGCAACGGUUCUGUGUGGACUACGCCAAGCGUGGCACAGCUGGCUGCAAAAAAUGCAAGGAAAAGAUUGUAAAGGGCGUUUGCCGAAUUGGCAAAGUGGUGCCCAAUCCCUUUUCAGAGUCCGGAGGUGAUAUGAAAGAGUGGUACCACAUUAAAUGCAUGUUUGAGAAGCUGGAGCGGGCCCGGGCCACCACGAAAAAAAUCGAGGACCUCACAGAGCUGGAAGGCUGGGAAGAGCUGGAAGAUAAUGAGAAGGAGCAGAUAACCCAGCACAUUACAGAUCUGUCUUCCAAGGCAGCAAGCACACCAAAGAAGAAAGCCGUCGUCCAGGCAAAGUUGACAUCCACUGGCCAGGUGACAUCCCCAGUGAAAGGAGCCUCGCUUGUCACCAGCACCAAUCCACGGAAAUUUUCUGGCUUUUCAGCUAAGCCCAACAACUCUGGGCAGAACCCACCCUCAAGCCCUGCCCCUACAACAAGUUUGUCCUCAAGCAAAUGUGACCCCAAACACAAGGAUUGUCUGCUGCGGGAAUUUCGCAAGUUGUGUGCCAUGGUGGCCGAUAACCCUAGCUACAACACAAAGACCCAGAUCAUCCAGAACUUCCUGCGGAGAGGCUCAACAGGAGAUGGUUUCCGUGGUGAUACGUACCUAACAGUGAAGCUCCUGUUGCCGGGGGUCAUUAAGAGUGUUUACAACUUGAAUGACAAGCAGAUUGUGAAGCUCUUCAGCCGCAUUUUUAACUGCAACCCAGACGAUAUGGCGCGGGACCUAGAGCAGGGUGACGUGUCAGAGACAAUCAGAGUCUUCUUUGAGCAGAGCAAGUCUUUCCCCCCAGCUGCCAAGAGCCUCCUUACCAUCCAGGAAGUGGAUGAAUUCCUCCUGUGGCUCUCCAAGCUCACCAAAGAAGAUGAACAACAACAGGCCCUACAGGACAUCGCCUCCAGGUGCACAGCCAAUGACCUUAAGUGCAUCAUCCGGCUGAUCAAACAUGAUCUGAAGAUGAACUCGGGUGCCAAGCAUGUGUUAGAUGCCCUCGAUCCCAAUGCCUAUGAAGCCUUCAAAGCCUCACGCAACCUGCAGGACGUGGUGGAGCGGGUCCUGCGCAAUGAGCAGGAGGUGGAGAAGGAGCCAGGCUGCAAACGGGCUCUGAGCGUCCAGGCCUCUCUGAUGACGCCUGUGCAGCCCAUGCUGGCUGAGGCCUGCAAGUCCAUCGAGUAUGCAAUGAAGAAGUGUCCCAACGGCAUGUUCUCCGAGAUCAAGUACGAUGGCGAGCGAGUCCAGGUGCAUAAGAACGGCGACCACUUCAGCUACUUCAGCCGCAGUCUCAAACCCGUCCUGCCUCACAAGGUGGCUCACUUUAAGGACUACAUCCCUCAGGCUUUCCCUGGGGGCCACAGCAUGAUCUUGGACUCUGAGGUGCUCCUGAUUGACAACAACACAGGGAAACCACUGCCUUUUGGGACUCUGGGAGUGCACAAGAAAGCCGCCUUCCAAGAUGCUAAUGUGUGCCUGUUUGUUUUUGACUGUAUCUACUUCAAUGAUGUCAGUUUGAUGGAUCGACCUCUGUGUGAGCGGCGGAAGCUUCUUCAUGACAACAUGGUUGAAAUUCCCAACAGGAUCAUGUUCUCAGAAAUGAAGCGAGUCACAAAAGCUUCGGACUUGGCCGACAUGAUAAACCGGGUGAUCCGGGAGGGCUUGGAAGGGCUGGUGCUGAAGGAUGUGAAGGGUACAUACGAGCCUGGGAAGCGGCACUGGCUGAAAGUGAAGAAAGACUAUUUGAACGAGGGUGCCAUGGCCGACACGGCUGACCUGGUCGUCCUUGGGGCCUUCUAUGGGCAAGGGAGCAAAGGUGGCAUGAUGUCAAUCUUCCUCAUGGGUUGUUAUGACCCCAGCAGCCAGAAGUGGUGCACAGUCACCAAGUGUGCGGGAGGCCAUGAUGACGCGACACUCGCCCGCCUGCAGAAGGAACUGGACAUGGUAAAGAUAAGCAAGGAUCCCAGCAAAAUACCCAGCUGGCUGAAAAUCAACAAGAUCUACUAUCCUGACUUCAUUGUUCCAGACCCAAAGAGAGCUGCUGUGUGGGAGAUCACAGGGGCUGAAUUCUCCAAGUCUGAAGCUCACACAGCUGACGGGAUCUCCAUCCGAUUCCCUCGCUGCACACGGAUCCGGGACGAUAAGGACUGGAAAUCUGCCACUAACCUCCCACAACUCAAGGAACUGUAUCAGCUGUCCAAGGAGAAGGCAGACUUCACCGUAGUGGCUGGAGAUGAGGGGAGCUCCACUACAGGGGGCAGCAGUGGUGAGAAUGAGGGUGCCUCCGGGCCUGCUGUGUCCCGCAAAGCCCCCAGCAAGCCCUCUGCGAGUGCCAGGAAGGCUGAAGGGAAGCAGAGUAAUGCCAACGGCAAAGGCGGCAACAAGCUUAGCACAAAGCAUUCCCCUGUGAAACUGGAGGAGAAGCUAGCCAGGAAGUCUUCCCCGGUGAAAGUAGGGGAGAAGCGGAAAGCUACUGAGGAGCCCCCGUGCCAAGCCAAGAGGCAGAGGCGGCCAGCCAGACAGCAGAGAGGAAGGAGAGCUGUGCCCGCAGGCAGGAGAUAGAGCCCGGCCUAGCCAGGAGAGGCUGCAGAGGCCCACAGCUGCUGGUCCCAAGUCACAGUGUCCAAUAAAGGGGAGCAAGCCCAGUCUGGGCAUGGGAGUGUAGUGGUGUGAGUUUGUGGCGAGGGCGGGAGCAGGUGCAGCCAUCAGGGAGCCUGGGAGAAGGCACUGGCUUGGUGACUCCUCCCAGCUGAGGAGCCUUUCUCCGCGUACAACUGUCAAUCUUUGGUUUGGCAAUGUCGAUUGAGCACCCACUGAGGCCAGAAACUAGGUUCAGUGCCAGCUCAAGCCUGGGGGAGCUGGUGGCCCAAAGAGCAGAUAGAGAAGUAAAUCUGGGAUCACUCCACGGUGUGAUUUGUGCUCCCCACUGCCCUGCCUCCACCCAAAUGAAGCACACAGUCCGAGCACAGGCUGGGGGAACCUUUCCCAUCCCUCCCCUGCCCAGAACCCUGGAGCCCAGGCACAGUUGACAGACAGGAGUCCUGACCUCACAGCCUGGGUAGUCGUGCAGAGGCACUUGCUUGAUCUUUGGGGGCUAUCACGGCAUCUGUGGGCACUGAGGCCAAGAGCCACUGGAUGGCUCCUGGAGACGUGGUCCCCAUCUUUUACCUCUAGGCAGGGAUGAAUGGCAUGUCACCUGGAAUGACUGAAGGAUGGCGCCAAAUGAUGCCUUGCCUUUUCUCUUGGGAACUCUGCCAGUGUCCUAAACUUGGCUCCCUCCAUGUCUGGCUUGCAUUCGCACAUCUUUAUGCUGUCCCGUACUCGUUGGGUAAAGCCCCAUCUGCGCCCAGUGCAGGUUCAACCCCACCCUGACCCCUGUGCGU